AUGAAGAGACAAAACGUGAGGACCCUUGCGCUCAUCAUUUGCACGUUCAUCUACCUGUUAGUUGGCGCGGCUGUCUUCGAUGCCUUGGAAUCUAAGAAGGAGACGACCCAGAAGAAGAACGUGUACGACAGAAAACAAGAGCUUAGGAACAAAUACAAUCUCACUAAACUCAACUUCGAUGAACUCGAGGAGGUGGUGUUGCAGCUGAAGCCUCACAAAGCCGGGUUACAGUGGAAAUUCGCUGGAUCAUUUUACUUCGCAAUCACUGUGAUCACGACCAUAGCUUCACUGCCCGAUAGUGACGAGCCGCCCGACUGUCACUCCCAACCUCCCUGUGUCCCGUGGAGUUGUUCCCUGGUCGUGACAGUCCUGACAGCCCCGGGAUUCAACCAGCGCCUCCUCAACUGUCACCUGAGAGACUUGGUUCAGCAGCACAAGACGCCCCGAGGCCUGGGAGUACAGUUACAGAGUUACGGCCAUGCUGCCCCCAGCACAGACAGAGGGAAGGUGUUCUGCAUGCUCUAUGCCCUGCUGGGCAUCCCUCUCACCCUGGUCAUGUUCCAGAGCCUGGGCGAGCGCAUCAACACCCUGGUGCGCUACCUGCUGCACCGCCUGAAGAAUUGCCUUGGCAUGCGGCGCACCGAGGUCUCCAUGGUCAACAUGGUGGCCAUUGGCUUCAUCUCCUGCAUGAGCACACUGUGCGUGGGUGCGCUCUCCUUCUCCCACUUUGAGGGCUGGAGCUUCUUCCACGCCUUCUACUACUGCUUCAUCACACUCACCACCAUCGGCUUUGGGGACUACGUGGCUCUGCAGAAGGACCAGGCGCUGCAGACCAACCCCAAGUACGUGGCCUUCUGCUUCAUGUACAUCCUCACCGGCCUGACCGUGAUCGGAGCCUUCCUCAACCUGGUCGUGCUGCGCUUCAUGACUAUGAACGCGGAGGACGAGAAGCGGGAUGCCGAGCAGCGCGCCCUCCUCUCCCGGAACGGCCAGGCGGGAGGGCACAACCACCCGCGCUGCGCCCCCGACCCGCCCUCCUCCUCCUCGGCCGCCUCAGGGUGCAGUGGGGGAGCUGGAGGAGCGGGAGGACCAGGAGGGGGCGGAAACAGUGGUGUGGGAGGAGCGGGGCGGGGGCUGCGCAAUGUUUACGCGGAGGUGCUCCACUUCCAGUCCAUGUGCUCCUGCCUGUGGUACAAGAGCAGGGAGAAGCUGCAGUACUCCAUCCCCAUGAUCAUCCCCAGGGACCUGUCCACCUCCGACACCUACAUGGAGCAGGGGGAGGCCUUUUCCUCCGACCCCCUCCACCCCCUUCACUCCAACGGCUGCGUCUACAGCUUGCACCACCCGCAUUCUGCCAUCAGCUCUGUGUCCACGGGCCUGCACAGCCUCACCCCAUACAGACUAGGACACAGCAAGCGGCGCAGCUCCAUCUAG